CCGGCGGCAUUAUUCUUUCUCCCGGCACUCCCUUUCCACAAAACAUUCGACGAAGGCUUGCGGCAGAGCACCCGAAACAAACUACCACAACCACAAACACCACAAAUUCGUCCCUGGAAACCUCCACCGGCGACUGGACCAACCAAGGCACGCUCCGCAACCAACAGACCACCAAAAGCAAGACCAACCCCGGCCUCCACCAUGAAAACGGCCGCCCUCGCCCUGGCAGCAACAGCCCUCGCCCUGUUUCCGGCCGCGGUGGCGUACGUCUCCCCGCCGCGGCAGCCCUCCCGCCACUCCCGGAGCUUUCCCCCGGGCCUGGCGUACGCCCCCGAUCCCGAAACCGGCGGGCGGAUCGCCGGUACCACGCCGGAGGGCUUUGCCUCCCCGGUCCUCAUCCAGAACCAUCGGGCCCUCCUGGCCUGGAAGGAAACCUACGGCCACCCGAACAUCCCCCUCAAGAACGAGGGGGGGUCCGCCUGCGAGGUCCUCCGGCGGCUCCACAACCAGAAGAAGCUGAACGGGGCGGAGGUCGCCUGGCUCGAGGGGAUCGGCUUUCGCUUCCAUUCCAUCGAGGACGUCUACCGGUUCGCGGACUUUGGCGAGAUGCUGGCCCGUCUCAUGGCCUACGAGGAGGCCCGGCCGGGAAACAACUUCCAGGUCCCCAAGAAGUGCCCCGAGGACCCGGAGCUCGGGGCCUGGGUCACGGGGAUCCGCCGCCUCGGCCGGGAGGGCGUCCACCCGGACCACGAGCGCCGCCUCUGCGACCUGGGCUUUGCCUGGGUCUCGACCCGCAAGUGCGGCUCCAAGUUCAUGCUGAAGUACCGGGAGCUCUCGGAGCGGGCGGCCUCCGGCGAGGACGUCCUGGCCGACACCAAAACGACCGACUGGAUCAGAGCGCAGCAGCAGGCCCUCCGGCAGGGCAAGCUCAGCCAGACGAGGGUCCAGUACAUGGGGCAGCUCUUUGGAGACACCUGGACGACCCUCGGGAGGGAGGCCGGUGGCGGGAGCAGCAGCGGGCGGUGACGGCACCCAAUCAAUCAAUCCAUCACCCUGCAACUCCUUCCAUCGCUGCAUCCCUCCACCCCUGUCCUGGUAACUUUUGGAAGCACCGGGCACGGCUGGUUUCGUUGGGCGACUAGAUUCCGGUCGUAUGGCUCGCGGGAGCGGCGAGACGCACACACACACACACAAUAGCCGACAAGGACACGGACACAAACGCCAGGAAUUUACAAGAGUACUUAUUACAAUACCGACGCGGUUCGGUUCGGUCCGGUCCGGUUCGUUUUGAACCUCGGCUGCGCCACGGGCACAGAACUUGGUGCAAACCCCGUCGCUCCAGCCGUGGGUUGCUUCGAGAUCAUGCACGACGCAAUCCGCCAAAUUUGAUAAAAAAAUAGUAGUACG